UUGUUUACCAAAUCCUUUAGGCAGGAUUUGCAGGUUGAAAUGUGGAAGCAGAGAAUCCACAUGGGAUAUGUUUGGCUUCUGUUGGUUUUGUGUGCAACAGUAGUGCAUUCACACAAUGAUGUAAAAGUUGAAGGAACACACAAACAAAAUGACCAUAUUGCUGAUGGAGAGUGGGAGGCCAGUGGGAAGAAAUCAUACAUUAUAGAUGGGAAGGAAAAUGCAGAAGGAAAAUAUGGAACCAGUGACUCUAUAGCCACUGAAGAAACUUGUCACAUAGAUGACUGUUCAUUAAUGCAGGAUGACGAUGACCAGAGUGAAUUAUCAAUGCUGACUGACCAGGAUGGAGAGUUCAGCUCAGAGGAGGAUAAGGCUCCCUCACAAGAUUUUAGUGAAUUAAACAGUAAAUGCUCAAAGGAAACAAUUCAAGAAGAAACAAUAGAUGAAGAUGCAACCAAAGAAGCAUUUGAAGAAGGAACACCAGGUAAUGGAGGGGCAGAUAAGACAGAGAAGGAGAAUGAAGAUGAAAAUAGAGAUGAAGGACAAAUAAUAAUCGAAAGUGAAGAAAAUGAAGAUGAAUCUAGAUUGAACAAGGUGGAUCCUGAAAUGGAAAAUAUACCACUUCGUGAAAUUUUAUUAAAACUAAAGCCAGAAGGUUUAACAGAUGAUGAUGAAGAGGAGGAUCAGAACAGUGAAUACAGCACAACAGAAGGCAGCAUGGGAGAUGAAUCAGAGGUAGAAGAAGAAGCUCUUAUAUCAUCUGGAUCAUCAGAGAAGCAGGAUGAUAAUCUUGCUAAGACUGGUGAUUCCAACAGCACUGGGGGCGUUAGUGGGAAUACGAAUGCAGGAAGCAAAAAGGCAGUUUGCUCGAAAGUCAAUACAAGUGAACCUGUACAAGAUGUUGAGAUUAUCAAUGCAACUGCUCUUAUGAAGUUACUUCAGGGGGAUCCGAACAUAACAAGCAGGACACUGGCUGGACCAUGCUAUCUAGUGUAUUUCUUCAGUCCAUAUUGCCCAUUUUCUGUAAAGGGAUCACCAUAUGUAAAUGCCAUGGCACGUUCUAUUCCAAAUAUACCUGUCUAUGGUUUGGAUAGUAUUGAGCACCAUAGUGUCAAUGCCCGUUAUGGUGUCAUGGGAACCCCAACACUGCUGCUGUUUCACAAUGGAAAUGGGGUUGGACGAUUCAAUGCUUCAGAGUACUCAGUCCUACAGUUAGUCUCUUUUAUUAAUCACUACACCGACCAGGAAAUUUCAGACAUAAAUGUGACUUCCUUAGACUUUCAGGCCAGCCUCCCAUCCAAAGUAGCAGAAGGUUGUCCAUAUGCUCUGUGGGCUGCAUGGGUCUUCCUCCUGAGCUGUGCGUCUUGGCUGUUCCUCACAUCAGAGUUGUGCGCAAGACUGACAGAGGCAAUCCUAAACAACUGGCGGGAAGCUGAAGCACAGCAUGAUCACCAUGAUUAAGAUGGGAAUGGAGAUUAAGUUUCAGGAUGAGGGAGGG